GAGAGUUGAAUCCGGAGUCACUCCACUGGCCGUCGCUGAGGAUACCACACCAUAGACUGCAAACAUGGUUGAGAAUUUUGUGGGGACGUGGAAGAUGAUUUCCAGCGAGAACUUUGAUGACUACAUGAAAGCAAUUGGUGUGGGAUUUGCAACCCGGCAGGUGGGGAACCGGACCAAGCCCAACUUGAUAGUGACCGUGGACGACCAAGGGAUUGUAUGCAUGAAGUCUCAGAGCACCUUCAAAACAACCGAAAUCAAGUUCAAGCUCAACGAGCCAUUUGAUGAGACCACCGCCGACGACAGGAAGACCAGGACCGUGGUGACUCUGGAGAACGGCAAACUUGUGCAGAAACAGAGUUGGGAUGGCAAAGAAACGAAUAUCGAGAGGGAGAUCACAGAUGGGAAAUUGAUAGCGAAAUGCAUAAUGGGAGACGUGGUCGCAGUGAGGACGUACGUGAAGGAGGCGUGAUGGGGUCCCAUCAGGCCACGCCUCGGAUCCGUUUGCCGGAUGACAGGCUCAGUUCAAUGAGCGUAAUACCAAACUAAAGUAAUGGCGUGUUCUGCUAUUAUUAUUACUUAUCUUCACUGUGUUGCCGAAAUCGAAUUUCUGUGCCUCUGUUCUCCAACAUGACACAUUUAGUUUCAUUUGGAAUUGUUGUGGUGAUUUGAAUAAAAAUUAUUGAAAAAUUGUCAAAAA